UUAUAGUAGAAAGAUUAAAAAAUCUUUAUAGUAAUCCCUUACCUUCUGAAAUUAAUAUCCCAUCAGAUGAAUGGAUUCAUCUUCAGUUUUGUUCUACAAAUGCUACUACAAUACGAGUGAUGCAUUAUACUAGUCAGUUUAAUUACUGUCAGUGGGUUUGUUUAAUUUCUGCUGAUGAUAAACACAAAAUUCCUAUCAGAGAAGAUAUUGCAGUUUCUACAGAUAUACAAAAUCGACACUCUAUAGUUGCUCAAGAAA